ACUUUCUGUGCUGUGCAGGUCUGAACUUGAUUGGUUUACUAUACAGCGCAGAACUGUUUGUUGUCAGUUUGUCACAUAUACUGAUUAUAUAUUGUUGAAUAUAAAAAUACAUUUCAAUUUUUUUGAAACAGACUGUUAUAUAUUAAGAAUUAUUUUACCUCAAUAAGAGCAUAACCUAUAUAUUUAGGCUAAGGUAGCGUAUAUACUACUAUAUACAAUAUGUGCAUAAUGUUUGGUAAGCUGAAACUAAGAUUUUCAAAACAAUAUCAAUGUUGCUGAGUUGAAGAUAACAAAAGACGCUACAAUGGCCCGAAGUAAGCGAAAAAAGUUGGUUACACGAAAAGAAAGUGGUGACGAUGACAGUUUUGCGAUUCUCAGAGCUCGACGAAGCUCUAUGAGGGUUAACUUGAGCUUUGUGUCAAGCUUGUCGGACUCGGGAUUAUCAAAAAGGACAACUGACGAAAGUCGUGAGACUGCGUCGGAAGAGCCUUUCGUGAGGAACGAUGGUAUAGUAAGUACAGUCAAAAAGUGUAAAUCCAAAAAGAUUGUGAACAAUGAGUCUCUAACCUCUGCAAGCGAUACAAAUGUCACAGUAGCCAAUGGGGACAGUCAUUCAUCUAGUACUCAAACAGUAACAGAACAAAUUCAAAGCACAUCGUUGAAUAUCAUCACAGAAAAAGAACAGCAACUCAACAGAAGCUGUAUGCAGUUGAAAGAUGCAAUAAUGAGGAAAACUCAAGCAUUUUUUGAUAAAGAAAACGAGCUUGCGAUAAAAACGUCAGAGGUUUUGGCAUCAGGAUACGUCAGAUCACCUAUACACAAUAUUGGUGAGUUAGAUGAAGACUUUGGUAAAAGAUCGCCAAGCGUACGUGUGAAUCUUAAAAAGAAUGAACAAGUUGUUAUGUCAGGUGAUGGUAAAAGGAGAAAUCCUGUACAAAUAAGUUCAAUGUUUAGUCAAAGCUCUCCUACUAGGGAGCAAAGUAUAUCUUCAGACAUAACAGAAGAAGAUGAUCAAAGUAUAGUAAGUACACCAAAGAAAAUAAGGACUGACAGCUCUUCAGGAGGAGACAAUUCUUCUAUUAGAAAUUCUCAAACAAUGCUAAGAAUACCUGUCACUAGAUUAUUUGCUGAUAAUGAUCCAAACAAUUCGCUGUCCGACGUUAAUCCAGUUAAUAGAGUAAGCCAUAGCAGCCCAAUGGAAACUGAUGCAAAUGCUCAAGAAACAAGUGCAAGUGCUGCUAGUAAUAUUUCCAGGAUAUCGAAUGAUUUGAAUUAUUCUAUAAGCCCCAUUUUAAGUCAAGGCAACAGAACAUCCAGACUGUCUCUUUCUUUGAAGAAAAAAUGUCAAAAAAAUGUGAGCCAAGCUUCUACACGAUUAUCAACCACUACUGUGAACGAAAGUUUUAUAAACAAAGGUCCACUUACUUGCUCCUCAUUUAUUGAAAGACCAAGUAAUGUUAACAAGAUAAAUGAAGAAACAGAAGAAAGUAGGAUUGUAAAUCUUGCAGAAAAGAGUAAUUCAGUUCAAAAUUGUAAAACUAUAGACUUAGAGGAUAAUAGUAAGACUAUAGAGAUUGAAAAUUCAACCAAUACAUCAUGUAUGGAAAUUACAGCUGUUUCAUCUAAAAUGCCAAUUAUUCGCAGAUCAAUUCAACAACAAACUCACAAAUCACAAAACACCAUUACACAUAGCAGUUCAAAAAAUUCAUCUGUGUCAAGACAACGACUUAAUUCAUCAACUUUAAUUCAGAAUACAGAGUCCAAUAAAGAAGUGAAUGCUUUGGAAUCUGUUGAACACACUAAUAGUAAUAAUAUGUGCCAGGAGAAUUGCAGUACUAAUACAGCACGGACCUCUUUGAAUGUAAAUACUUCACUUGAUAGAAUCAGCUCAGUAGAUCACAUUGUGCAAAAAGAAAAUAAAACACCAAAUAACUUGCAAAAAAAUGCUGUAAAUUAUGAAAAUCAUACAGACAAAGGAAGUGAUACUGCAGCUGUACAAUGUCAAAAUAUUUAUUCUGCACGUUCGUCAAUGCAAGUAAAUACGUCAUUAGAUUCUGUAAAAAAGUCAUCAAACACUAACAAUAAAAAUCUAGAAAUCUGUAAUAAAUUGCAAUCCAGGCAGUCAACAAGCAGCAUAGCUACAACGGUUCGAUCAUCAAUGCAAGUUAAUACUUCUUUAGACUCAGUCAGAAAAUAUCCAAGUAAAAAAAAUUUAGAUUUUAAUAAAAUGCUCUCUAUGGUGCAAGAAACUUCUACUAAUGAAAAUGAAAGUACAGAAAGUGUUUAUACUUCAAAAGAACAAUCUUCAGAAAGUGAUAGCGAUUUAGAAAAUGUAUCAUUGAUGGAGAGGAUAAGAAACAUUUCAGCCACCAAAAAAAAUGGAGAUCCUAAAAUACCAAGCAAUAAAGCAAGUACAGCCAACAAAUCUAAAGAAACUAAAGAUGCAUCUUCAAUCAUUGUAAAUAAAAGUACUAAUAAAACAAGAAAAUCGGCAGCAAAUAAAGAUACUAGUUAUAAUGAAGCAGAAAAUGAAAAUAAUAAUUCUAGUACAACUAGGAAAUCUGUUCGAUUAGAAAAUAAUAGUUCAAAAAGAAAAUCUAUUGGAGGGCAAAAUGUUAGUUCAAAUUCUAAUGAAUCUAGUGUUAUUGAAGCUACUCCGUAUCCUGUAAGUCGUUCUGUUUUGAUGAAAACAAUGAUAAAAAAUAACAUUGCUACGAAUACUAUAGAUCCUCGUAGAUUUGUAAACUAUUCAGAUGAUGAAAAUUCAAAUACAGAAUUGGAAACCAUUAACAGAAACAAAUCAAAUUCAUCUUCAAAUAAAUAUACAAGCGUUUAUGCCAGAAAAGAAACUUGCACUCCAGAUUCAAUGGAUACAGUUGUAUUAGAUUCAUCAGACGAAUCAAUGGAUGAAUCUGAUAAAAAGCAAAAACAAAAUCUCAUUGAAGAAUCGCUAAAUGAUACUAAAGGUAGCAAGAGUGAUAAAACGAUGAACAAAUCGAAAAAAAAUAACACCUCUGGAGAUGAACAGAGUAACAGCAAGAAAGAAGUCAUCAAACGAAAAUUAUACCCCGUUCGAGAAAAUUCGCAAUUAGUUUCAUUUAGCUCUACUGAAGAUUUACAAGAUCCUCCUGCAAAAGAAGAAUGUCAAGAAAUUAAACCAAAGAAAACGCGAAAAUUGACACAGAAAAAAAGACAAGAAAAAAAGCAAGUACAAAAAAGUCCAGUUGAAGAAAGUGAAGCUGAAGAAAAUAACAUUCUUCCAGAAAAAGCGGAGAAAAAGAAAAAGAAACCUAGAAAGAUAAAAAGUAAAAAAAUUCUAGUGAAAAAAGUCACAAACAUGACUUUGUUAGAUAACAUGAUGAACGACGAUUCAUCGCAGAAAGAUGUAGCACCACGUUUAAGCGACAGAAAUUCCUUACGAGAAUUCGAUUUUAAGAAAUCGAGAAGUCAUAGAAAAGAAAGUACCAGCAGGGGGCCUAAAAUCAAUAUUGUGGUUACUGGACUAUCUAAAGAGGACAAAGAUUUAAUAAAGUCUGUAAUUAAGACUUUAGGAUCAGCCGUUUUAGAAGAAAACGUAACUCCUCGAACCACUCACGUCAUAAGCCCAGGAGUCCGUACAGUGAACCUACUAAAAGGAAUAAUACGAGGCUGUUGGAUGGUGAGCUUAGAGUGGGCCCUCAAAUCACUUGAAAGUCAAAAAUGGCUGGAUCCUAGCCCUUUUGAGUUGAGUCAUUUCUCUAAAGCAGUGCAGGAAAAUCGUCGAGAUCGACAACUGUUUGGAAAAGCGUAUGUGCCAGAGUUAUUUGUCACGUGUGGUUUUAUUUACGUUGAAAAUGGCACGUCACCACCAAAGUCAACUUUGAAGGAAUUGAUCAAAACGGCUGGUGGAAGAAUAACGGAUGAUCCUGGCCGAGCAGAAAUCAUAAUUGGUUCAGAUGGCUUGAAGGAAAUUUGGGUAUUAGAUUCCAUUACUACAAAUGAAGUUCAAUCUAUUGAUGAGUACAAACGCAAUUAAACAAAUUAAAUAAUUCGUUACAUAAAAAAUAUGAUCCAUACGGAAGGAAAUGUUCAAAUCGUGUUGAACAAAUUAUUAUAUUUAUUUCAAAAUAUAGAUGCAUCAUGAAAUUGAUAAUUCAUGAUAACAAUAACAUAAAAUAUUGAGAAUUGCAAGGAAAGAAGUACAAAUUGUAAAUAAUAUUAGACAAAUAGUUAAAAAAAUAUACAUAUAACAUAAUUUAUUAGACAAUAAUAAACUUUAGACUGUAUUAGAUAUUAAUCAUGUAUAUUUUUGCGAUUUUUUUAAAGAGCUUUCAUCUUGUGAGUAUUAUCGUUUAUUUCAAUUAGUGUUUCUUUAUAAUAGUUUAUCGUUUAUUUCGAGUGCGUUUAUAUUGAAUGACUAUGAACUUUUGAAUGUGUAUUUAUAUUAUUGUAACGAUUAUGUCCAGAAAGAAAAAUCGUAAAAAUAUAGCCUAUUUACAAAUUAGGAGUCGUGUAUUGAGUCUGGAUUAGCGAUAGAAAUGAAUAUAUAUUUUGUGAAUAUUGUUCUGUUUAUUCUGUAUUACGUUUUAUAAAUAUAAUUAGAUUAUAUUUAUGAUAUAGAACAGGCCUUUGGUGCCACUGUUGUUGAUGCUUUAAAGUUUAUACUACAUUAUUAGUAAAACAAAGCGUAUGGAAAAUAAUUUUUCUUAUCUAAGUUAGGUAAUUUUUUUUGCAAAAAAGGCUCAACUAUUUCGGUUGUACAUUGUAUACACGUUAAUAUAAGAUUAAUCAUAUUAUUUAUUGUUUAGCUUAGUAAGAAGAAAGGAAAUAGAUAUUUAUUGAGUGUACAAAGUUCUUACAAUAAAUUAUUUAUUGUAAACAGA